CGAGGGUGUGCAACACGGAAUAGUGGCCAUUUCUUACAAUGGAUUUCUACACUGCGUACGACAUUGUGGAUGGGUUCACUGAGGGCGAUCGCGGCGCUGCCGUUGAUCGACUGGUGCAGCUGAGCAAAGCAAACACGACACAGAGGCACCAGGCACUGCCGCUGUUAUGCACGGCCAUCGGGAAGAGCAUGGCCGCAGCAGCAGCAGCAGCAACAACAACAACAACAACAACAGCAGCAGCAGCAACAACAGCAGCGCAAUCGCCGGCAGAUACUGAUGCGGGUGGCACCGACGCUUCUUCUUCAGCAACCACGGACGGCGUCAUACGCCAUGCGCAGGCAGUGUUUGAUCUCGUUCGCCAAGAGGUACUGCAGCACACCACUGCAGAAGCAGCGCAGGGCGAAGAGGGCACAGGUGGGAAGCAAGGUGUGCUGAAGGCCAGCAGCACGGGCCAGCAUGCACCGCAGCAUCUGGAUCUCGGCGUGGUUGCGCGCUGCCUGGCCCCGCUGAAGGAUGUAUCGGCGCUGGCAGCGUCUUGGGUCAAGCUCGUCCUGGACAUGGCCUUGUCCACCACCUCUGCAGAUGUCAAACGUGUGGGACAGGAGUUGCUGCAAGGCGCGCCAGCAAGCUUUGCAGCAGAUGUUGUCGUUGCGGCCAUGAACGUGGCGGUGCAAGACGAAGUGAGCGAUGGUGCGCGCCAGGGGUCGUUGGCCGUGAUUGAGAAACUCGUGAACACACACGCGACGUCGAUGCCACCCGAAUCUCCCGCCGUGGAGAUCAUGGCGGCCGCCAUUCUGGAGAUUCUGGACGACGUGACCAAAGAAGAAUUUGAGGUGCUCGUGCCGACACUUCGCAAGCUCCCAAUCUACACCAACGCGGCCCCAUGCCAGGAGGUGGUGGAUUUCCUGUUCAACCUCUCUGAACUCGGCGAACUUGGCGAGUCGCUGUCCGAUGCGGCGUACGACAUGUUUGCUCCGUGCUUCGAACAGGCGCUCGCAUUCGCACAGCCUGGUGUCUCUCUGGAUGCGUUUGUGAGUGCGAUCAUGAGCAAAGUGCUGCCGCAUCUGUCCUUCCUGGCUGCUGGCCGUAUCCGUGUCCUCCACCUCCUCGUCGCCGCCAUCGACAACACGUCCCCAGACGCCUCGGAUCUCCUCGCUGCCCUCCACCCGCUCCUCCUGGAGUACCAGCGCAGGGCGGAGGAAUCGCAGCAGUACAACUGGGCGCUCUGUGAGGCGCUGUUGGCCCUGCUCGACACCGCGCUGAGGAAGACACCAUCGUACAUGACGUCGCUGGAGAAGGACGACCAGGACGAGCUCAUUGAAUGCCUGGACAUCCUGCCUGAGGAAGAUCGGCAGACGAAAGCCAUCAUCCACCAGCACAUGGGCCUCAUCCACGUCACCGCCACCAACAACGACAGCGAGCGCCGCAAGAAGUUAAUGCAAGCGCUCGGCAUUAUGACAACGCUGCAACGUCUUGCAUCAAGCAUUGCCGCGUGCAAGAGCGGGCGGGCACCAUCCACUCGCAUUCGAUUCUCCUGGAUGGAUGCCGCGCGAAAGCGCAGGCCACUGCUGAGUGCGUCACUGGACAAGCGAGCAACACCGACCAAGGCGGCAACCGCGACGUCGUCAACAAGAACAACAGCAUCAGCAAGAACAGCAGCAUCAACAGCAUCAACAGCCUCAACACCAGCAACAGCAUCACCAUCGUCCAGGGGUACGGGGCCGUCACCAAAGCGGCGCUCGGCACCUUCGUCUGCGGAAAAGCGCCCAAAGUUCCAAGCGCGAUAUCAGCCGCCCGUCGGCAGAUUCAGCGAAGGCCUCACUGCUCCACAGGCAGCGCCUAUGGAUGCUGUUCCUCAGAUCGGUGGCACAAGAGCGCGGCGGCCCAGCGUUCCCCAGGCAGCACCGGCGCCAGCAACAACCAAACGUGGUCGUGGUGGUCGUGGUGGUCGUGGUGGUCGUGGUGGUCGUGGUGGUCGUGGUGGUCGUGGUGGUGGGAGGAAGAAGAACAACAGAGGAGGCAAGAAGAACAAGAAGAAGAACAACGCUGUUGUGCGCCGUGUUGUCAUCAGCAGCAAUCAAUAAACCGCAAGCAACCAAACAA